GUCCGUGCUGGCGGCUGGAACGUUGGAGAAGGCUGUGUUUGCUGCGGUGGUUCUCGCGCCGGUGUGGCGCCGUGCGCCCGGAAACUGAGAAAAGAAGGGCUAGCGUAAGUGUUCCCCUCUGCCGUUUGAGUCGGAGCCGGAGUAUUUCCUUCCCUCAGGCCAGUCAGUGCCUACGGGAACCAGACCCCGCCCCCUUCCCGGCCUAGACUCCCGUUCCCACCCGGUACCCCCGCGUUUUCUCUUGUUCUGCCUGUGAAUCCCCAAAUCUGCCCAAGUCAUGAAGCUCGUGAGGAAGGACAUUGAGAAGGACAAUGCAGGCCAGGUGACCCUGGUCCCCGAAGAACCCGAGGACAUGUGGCACACCUACAAUCUAGUGCAGGUGGGCGACAGCCUGCGUGCCUCCACCAUCCGCAAGGUACAGACUGAGUCCUCCACGGGCAGCGUAGGCAGCAACCGGGUCCGCACUACCCUCACUCUCUGCGUGGAGUCCAUCGAUUUUGACUCUCAGGCCUGCCAGCUGCGGGUUAAGGGGACCAACAUCCAAGAGAAUGAGUACGUCAAGAUGGGGGCUUACCACACCAUCGAGCUGGAGCCUAACCGCCAGUUCACCCUGGCCAAGAAACAGUGGGACAGUGUGGUUCUGGAGCGCAUCGAGCAGGCCUGUGACCCAGCCUGGAGCGCAGAUGUGGCGGCUGUGGUCAUGCAGGAAGGCCUUGCCCAUAUCUGCUUAGUCACUCCCAGCAUGACCCUCACUCGGGCCAAGGUGGAGGUGAACAUCCCUAGGAAACGGAAAGGCAACUGUUCCCAGCAUGACCGGGCCUUGGAGCGGUUCUACGAGCAGGUGGUCCAGGCCGUCCAGCGCCACGUAAACUUUGACGUUGUGAAGUGCGUCCUGGUGGCCAGCCCAGGAUUCGUGAGGGAGCAGUUCUGCGACUACAUGUUUCAACAAGCAGUGAAGACCGACAACAAAGUGCUCCUGGAAAACCGGUCCAAAUUCCUUCAGGUACAUGCCUCCUCUGGACACAAGUACUCCCUGAAAGAGGCCCUCUGUGACCCUUCUGUAGCUAGCCGCCUUUCAGACACUAAAGCCGCUGGGGAAGUUAAAGCCUUGGAUGACUUCUAUAAAAUGUUACAACAUGAACCUGACCGAGCUUUUUACGGACUCAAGCAGGUGGAGAAGGCCAACGAGGCUAUGGCCAUUGACACAUUGCUCAUCAGCGAUGAGCUCUUCAGGCACCAGGAUGUGGCCACGCGGAGCCGAUACGUGAAGCUGGUGGACAGCGUGAAGGAGAACGCAGGCGCUGUUAGGAUAUUCUCUAGUCUUCAUGUAUCGGGGGAACAGCUCAGUCAGUUGACUGGAGUAGCUGCCAUUCUCCGCUUCCCUGUCCCUGAACUCUCGGACCAAGAGGAUGAUUCCAGUUCUGAGGAAGAUUAAUGAUUGGAACUUGUAACUGAGACAACCCGUGUCUCCACUGUUGUUUCCUUAGCAUCCUGACAACGUGCAAGGCACGUUGUGAUCCUUACAGGAAUUUCUCGUGUGUUUAGUCACACUGGGUAUCGUGUGAUUGGCAGACAUGUAUUCAAACAAUAAAUUAAAAGGAAAUAAUCUCCACGUACUACCAUCUUUAUUAAAUAAGACAAUUUAUAUAGAAACUUUAAGUUAUUUGCAGUACUCAAAAACAUUUUGUGUCAUUUAAUAAGAAUACCUAUAUAUUCUUUGGGAUAGAUCAUAAAAUCCCUUCUUCCUUAGGAAAAGCUGCUUGGUAUUUCAUUAUCUGCAGUUUAAACUGUUUAAUUCUGCAUAGUGUUCUUGCACUGUGUUUAAUGAUCCUUUUCUACACUUUUAAAUUUGCUAUUUUUAAUGAUGGCCAAAUAAUUGUAGACUGUUCUAGAAAACAGAUUUAAAAUGGUAUUUUUCUUAAGCCAAUCAUAUUCAAGUAAACUCUUGGUGAGUUUUUGUUGUUACAAUUAAUAUUUGGGAGGACCACUUAGUUAUUUUUGGAUCGUAGAGCUUUGACCUGGUAGAGAUUUUCAAGAUAAGCUAUUUGAAGUAUUUUUAUUUUUAAAAUGCAAAUAAAGUAUGUGAUUUGCUUGUUA